AGGAACAUGCCAAAUGGCGACGGCCGGACACAGCUUCCUAAAUAAGGGCCUAUUUGCACCUUUUUCCAACUAACUGCCUAAAGCUGAAAACUAAUCUAAGAUUGCACCACAGCUCUGUAGGAUUGUUGUUCACUGAGUUGCAAAUUCCGGACCAUGAGAGGAACAAAGCGAUUCGCCGCAUCCGAGUCGUCCUUUUUAACCAGCAAUACAGUCAGUUCGAUUUUCUGCAUCUCUUCCGCGCUUCGAAUUGAUGUCCAACUUUUGCCUUUUCAAUUGUGUUACCGUAUGCGUUUGAUGUUUUUUGGUUGAGAUUUAUGAAUGGAUGGAGAGGGAGAGAGAUGCAGAGAUGGAUGGAAGGUUUCUAGCUUAGAUAUAAUGUGAUUUUCUGAAAUUAUAAUGUGACAAUAUUCAUAAAAAUCUAAAUACGGUAAACAACUUGCAAAGGCAGAGUAAUUGUCUUUAGCUUGGACUCAGAUUCCGAUCAUAGUUUCAUAGUCUUUUAGGAAUUUGUGCAAUUCUUAAUGAAGUUCCUAUAUGUAUUCUUGUUUUGCGAUGCAUCUGUGAUUAGUUUUACGUAGAAUUGAGUUCCUAAUGAGCCUGUAGUUUUCUAAUAAGAUUUAUGCAUAGCAAAACUAAAUCCAUGAUUUUAGCCAUGGUUGUAAUGGUUUCAACUCCUGAAAUGAGUUUUUGAUCCUAAAGAGUUAAAGUUUUAAUUUUUCUUUUUAAAAUACUGUUGCUAUUUAUGAUAUCUAUUUGUGGAUGGAGGAUGUGGCUUUGUUAGUAGAUUGCUUUUCCUUUUUAUUUUCGUAGCUAUCAAAUUCAUGUGCAGAACCAAAACAAAAGACUUUUAGGUGGGUCACUUUUUGAUUCUCAAAGAGCGGAGCCACCCCAGCAGCUGUCAGGUUCUACUCCACAGUUGGACAUUUACCGGGCUGAAUCAUCUAGGCUACACGUUAGGGCUCUAAAUACUCAGUUUGCAAGCUGGGUGAAAAAACAAUUACAGAACCACCCCGAUGAGCUCUGGGAAGAUGGCGCCCAAGACUAUUUAACCCAUGCUUCAUCCAUCAUGGAGAAAUUCAAUGAUGUUGUAAACUGGCUUAAUACAAAUGAUGCCAAAGCAGAAACUACGACCUUUCUUGGAUUUCAGUCAGCUUCUAAAACACAGGCUUCUGAAAAUAAAGAAAACAAGAGUACAUCCCUUCUUGGAUUCCAAAGAGCUCCAAAUCCAGUUGCUUCAGAAAAUUAUGAAGCAAACAACACUACAUCAAUUCUUGGUAAACGACCUCAUUUUCCUGAAGGACUUCAGAGUACAGUGAUGCGACCUCAAAAUGCAGUCACUGCAAACGACACUUCAAAUGAUGCAGAUGGUGAUGGUGAAACAGAGCAGCCUGGCAGUCCAUCUGUAAAGAAAGUUGAAGAGAUAGGAGUCACUAUUGUCCAUGAAGUCAAAUGCAAACUUUAUGUGAAGUCAAGUGAUCCAACAGAUAAAGAUGCAUGGAAGGAUAGAGGCACAGGUCAGCUUUCUAUAAAAUGCAAAGAAGAUGCUAACAAGGGUACACGGGAAUCCAAACCCACUAUUCUCAUACGAAAUGAGGUUGGCAGGGUGGUGCUUAAUGCAUUGCUAUAUCCAGGCAUCAAGACAAACUUGCAAAAGAAUUCGGUCGUUUCAAUAUUCCACACAUCGAGUGGGGAGAAUAGCAGCAGUGUUGUAGCGCAGACAUGCUUGAUACGUCUAAAAUCUGUAGAGGAAAGAGAUAAGUUGGCGUCGAUCAUCCAGGAAUAUGCUCCUGCUUCAUGAGAGCAAUGGAGCAAAAUUAUGAUUGUACGGAGUUAUUUGUUGUCGCUUGAGCUCCAUCAGGCUAGUCGCACUUGAGGAUAUUUUUGGAUUAAUCAUGUAUUCAAGUACACGUGAAUAUUCAAGUACACGUGAAUGAUGUGAGGGUUUUCAUAUAUCCCCGGAUAUUGUGCUUUUUUGACAACUAAGGUAUUAUGAUGGCCCACCAAUCCAAAAAUAGUUGCCCAGUUGUAGCAAAUGGCAUUUACAUAGCAUGAUCGA